AUGUCAUUUGCAGAGAAUUUCUGGACUCAGGAUUACAACCUGGGGUUUCAAAUUCUAUUUGGACAGUUAUAUGAAGGGAUACGUGAAAAUGAUGACUUCAUAGACUUAUUCAGAAAAAGAAUGGAGCUGGAGAUGCUAUAUGGUACAUCCCUCAAAUCAAUAUCAACAAACGCAAAGCCCAGUAGUAAACGUCAAACUAAUGACGAUUACGCGUCAACAAUCAAAAAUGUCUACUCGGAAUUGCAUGAUAAUUUCAACAAACAGGGGCAAUCCCACUUGGAAAUUGCAGAAAAUAUUGAGGCAAUGGUUCUCAAUCCAUUUGAAAAAUGGUGUAAGGAGCACGAACAACGAAUUGGAUACUCCACAUCAACCAUCAAUGCGAAAUAUAAAUCGCUAAAGUCAACCCAAGCUCAAGUGGACAAAUUACAAAAGAAGUAUUUUAACAAGUGCAGGAUUUUGGAAGAGUUUAAAAGCCAUUAUUCAGAAGAAGAGUUGAAUGAGGAGAUGAGUGACUCCGAGUUUUACAGGAAAAUCUCAGGAUCAAAAGCAGUAGAAUCCACUGAUGAAGAUGGGGAUGAGGAAGCGGAAACAAGCUUUGAGUUCACUCAUGCAGAAUUUAAUUCUAAGCAAAUGGAAACACUCUUGAAGAAAAUGUUGAUUGGUAUACCUCGUACAGCCCACAAAGUUCCCAUUUUAGGGACAUAUCAAGAUGUGUCAACAGGAAGCUCAAUCACACAAUGGGUGCUCGAUAAUGUACCUGAAGUCGAAAAGAAUCUCGACAAAGCAGAAAAAUUUGGACAAGAUUUGAUAAAGUAUGAAUUUAUUCGCGUAGUUGGGUCAAUGGGAAAAUCAUUUAUUAAUUCGUCUCAAUUUUUUUACCAAUGGAAACAAAAAGCUUUUGAUCUGGCUCAGAUUAUUCCAAACAGUAGCGAUGGUGGUAGUAAUGGAUUUUCAAGAGGUUUUAGCACAUUCAACUUUGAUGAUGUUAAAGAAGCCAUAGGUGUUAGUGGGGUGGACUAUUCCGACAAAUCACAAUAUCCCAGACUACUCAAUGAUGUCAGAUCUUUGGACGCCCUGUACUUUGAAAAAAUUAGAGAGCUUGAUGCAUUGAGAUGUGAGUUUGAAGAACUUGUUAUGGAUCAUUUAACGUUUAUGCAAAAGUGUGAAUUGGAUCGAUUGAAAGCAAUCAAGAAGGUGGCUUUUGACUUCAUAGCAAGCUUCGCGAAUAGGGUCAAGCAAUUGCAAAUGGUCACUGAUGAGUUAGUCUUAUUGGAAGAAACAAUCAAUCCUGUAAGUGACUUGAAGUUCUUGAUUGAGAAUUAUGCUACUGGUUAUUAUAAACCUCAUGUGACAUUGUACGAUAACUAUUAUGACUCCAACCUUAGACAAACGUUUGGCGUUGACUUGAAUGUCAAGUCCAGACUAGACAAAAAGGUAGUUCCAAUCAUUUUGCAAUGCAUUUUGAGCCAUUUAGACCAUACAUACCCUGAUUUGAAGAAUGACGAAGAAAGAAUUAAUCUCUGGACCCAACCUGUGCAUUUAUCAAAUGUCCACAAAUUACGAUCACAACUUAAUGACUUAUCUGACCCAAGUAAGAUAUCCGAAAUACUCAGCCAAUCCAAUCCCGUGGUUAUCACCAACGUGUUGAAGUUGUAUUUAUUGGAGUUGCCAGACUCAUUGAUACCGCAUAACUUUUACGACGUGAUUAAGCUAUUGUAUGUCAACUAUAACGAGGAGUCACAAAAAGCCACUCGUAUCAAUGGUCUUCAAAACGUGUUGUCAGAAUUACCUAAAUGCAACAUAGCCACCCUCGAUGCUUUGUUGACUCAUCUUAAGAGGUUGGUACAAAUCAUUGGAGCAAAAGAUAAGGAAGCUUCAAAAAACUUACAAAAUGCUCUCUGUUUAGAGUUUGGCAAGUUGAUAUUACGUCCAAAAACAAGUACACACUCUGAGCUCUCAAAGAGCAGUUUCAACGAUAAGCAUCCUGUUAGUACCAUGCAAGACUUACUCAAGAAUAAAGAAACAAUUUUUAAUGAACUCAGAAGAAACAGCUCGAAAACGAAAUCCAACAGUGCAGCAAAUAGUCCCAAUGUUAGUCGUACCGGUUCCACAAAGUCUCAGAAAAACACACCUUUCGCACCAAGUGAAUCCUUGGCAGCUAAAUCGAAAUCCCGUUUGGAGUCCAGGUUAAAGAAAGCUGUAAAGCACAGAGAAACUGGCUCCUCUAGCGAUCAGCCAGAGGAGGUUACCGAAUCUGGAGCUACCCCCCAACACAAUGAUAUUGUUCAUAAAGUUCAGACAGAAUCUAGUAGCAAAUCCGACUCGAGAUCACGUUCGGAAACUCCACCUCCAACCCCUGCCAAAUCGCCAAUGUCAUUAAAACGUUCAGUCUCGCCAAAGAAAAAAAGAUUGUCGUCAAUGUUAUUGGAUGACGCUGUAGAAUCAACGCCAAAGACGCCAUCUAAGAGUAGAAGUCAACUGGGUGAUGAAACUGAUAACGAUACGCCAUCCAAGUCAGGAUCCAACGGAAGCUCCAAAGUAAGUAGUAAAUAG